GCUUAUCGUAUGGCAACACCGUCUACGGGUCGAGGCGCGGCGCGAGGCGACUAUAUAUACAUUAUCAACGCUGGGUUUGGUGUUGUCGCUCUAGUCAGUACUCGUGACACUUCUUACAACACUAUACAUCAAAAUGCCGAAGGUGUCCCUCUACUACUUCGAAUUCAAGGCCCUGGGUGAGGGUCUGAGAAUGCUGCUGGCGUAUGGAGGCCAGGAGUUCGAAGACAUCAGGAUUGAGUUCCAGAAAUUCAGUGACUUCAAACCAGAGACUCCAUUCGGCCAGCUGCCGAUGCUGGUGAUUGACGGCAAGAAAUAUGCCCAAAGUUCAGCGAUCGCGCGCUACCUCGGACGCAAGUACGGGCUCGCCGGCAAAGAUAUCGAAGAAGACUUCGAGAUCGAUCAAGUCAUCGAUUUAUUAACCGAUGUCCGUCUUUCUGGUCUAGCGGUUAUACACGAGAAGGACGAAGCGCUGAGGUCAAAGAAGUUCUCUGAACUGGCGGAGACCAAGUUUCCCUUUUACCUGCAGAAAUUCGACGAGAUCUUGACCAAGAACAACGGAUUUCUCGCGCUUGGCAGGCUAACCUGGGCAGAUUUCGUAUUCGUCGGCGUUUUCGACUACCUCAAAAUGUUGCUUCAAAUGCCGGACCUCGAAGAGAAGUACCCUAUCUUCAAGAAGCCUAUUGAAGCCGUUGUCAACAUUCCAAAAGUCAAAGCGUUCAUUGACUCGGCGCCCAAAUCGGAAAUUUAAAGAAUAAUCAGAAUGAUUGGGGCAAGCCUAUCGUUAUAUAGGAUACAAAUUCCGGACUUCGGCCAGAUACUGAGAAUAAAAACCAUAUUAUAUUUAUAAAUGUUUAUAUUUGAAGAAUUAGAUACUGAUUAACUAUUAAAACAUUCGUUUUAUA